AUGCAGCUUAAGCACAUCCUCCUAUUUCUCACUCCGCUUGUCACGGUUUACGCAGCGGAACCGACUGUUCUGACGGCGAAGAGGGUCUAUCAUACAGUCAUCGACCAAUCUCCGUUCUUAGUUGAGCGCACAUCCACUGUCGUCUGGACUCAAAGCCCGAGCAUCACUGAAGCCCAGCCAACCACUCCUCCCACCCCAACACUUAAUUGA